CCCCACUACACCUUCCAGCGUUACCCAGGCAUCUUCAACUCCUCCACAGCCGACAGUUUCCUCCAGUCAAAGGUCAGCAACAUCUUCUCUGGUCGUCUCACGGCGUUGGAACUCUUCGACAUCCUCGACCACUACGCCCAGAACUGCGACGCCGUUGUGGGAAACGAAGAGGUCAUGACCCAACUCAAGGAUGCCAAAUUUGACCUUUUAUUGGUCGACCCCAACGAGAUGUGUGGGUUCGUGAUCGCUCACAUCCUCGGCGUUCCCUACGCCGUCUUUUCCACGGGCCUAUGGUACCCAGCGGAGGUCGGGGCUCCUGCCCCUCUCUCGUACGUCCCAGAGUUCAACUCUCUCCUCACCGAUCGGAUGUCUCUAGUCCAGAGGAUAACCAACACGGUGGUGUACCUGGUAUCCCGGUUCGGUGUCCAGUACCUGGUGUUACCUAAGUACGAGCGCAUCAUGAGGAAGCACGGCGUGGAGCCGCGGGUGGCCAUGCAGGAUCUGGUUCAGGGAGCAGGCUGUGGAUGUUGUCUACUGAUCUGGCCCUGGGUUUCGAGGCCCACUCUACCACAUGUUGUCUAUGUAGGGGGGUACUUACCAAACCUGCCAGCCCGUUACCUCAGCAUGGCUCUCGUAUCGUUUGGCGCUGGGGUCAAAUACCUCUCAGAGGACAUCACUCACAAACUGGCUGGAGCCCUGGGCAGGCUGCCCCAACGCGUGGUCUGGAGGUUCUCGGGGGUUCCGCCCAGUAACCUAGGCAACAAUACCAAGUUGGUGGAUUGGAUGCCUCAAAAUGACCUGUUGGGCCAUGCCAGAACAGUAGCGUUCCUGUCCCACGGUGGUCUGAACAGUAUCUAUGAAGCGAUGUACCACGGUGUCCCUGUAGUGGGACUACCUCUGUUUGGGGACCACUACGACACUAUGACCCGGGUGGAGGCUAAAGGAAUGGGCAUCAUGGUUCACUGGAAGAGUAUGACAGAGGAGGAGCUGUACCAGGCACUGGCCACUGUUAUCAACAAUAACAAGUAUCGUCAGCGUGCCCAGGUGCUCUCUUCCAUCCAUAAGGACCAACCAGGUCACCCGGUAACAAGAGCUGUCUAUUGGAUAAACUACAUCCUCCGUCACCACGGCGCCAACCACUUACGAUCCUCUGUCUACACUGUCCCCACCUACCAGUACUUCCUAUUGGACGUUGUGCUGGUCGUAGGGGCGGGGCUGGCCCUGAUUGCCUACCUGUUUUACCGGAUAGCAGGGCUACUAAGGUCAAGGUUAAGGUUCAGGAGCGGGGGAGAGGUUACCCACGGUGACGGCGACGACAAGGCAAACGGACAUUGCCAUAGCAACGGAGCGGUCGCUAAUGGGAAGCACAAACGUAACGGAGCGUCGGUGAAGAACGACAAGAAGAUGAAGUGAAGGGGCGGAGACUGGGGUCAGAGGUCGGAGAGGAAGCUGAUUCUACUGUAGAGAUUUAGGGUUUAAGGGAGAACAGAACACUCCUCGUUCUGGGAGACUGCAGAAAGACAGGGAUGAGGUGUGUGUGUGUGUGUGUGUGUGUGUGUGUGUGUGUGUGUGUGUGU